GCCAUCAGGAGAAGAAGACGCAGGCGGGACACCUCCCCAAAAGUACAACCACCACCGCACACUGCCUACAACCACGCCCCCCCGGCCCGGAAAAAAAAAAAAAAAAUUGAUCGCCACCGCAAUUUCACCAUGCAAGACAACAAUUCUAGAGAACCCCUCCUUUUAUCUUCCCCAAGGGAAGCUGACAAACCAGAUGAUGAGUCCCAAGAAUACCUCUUAGGACGCUCUAACAUUUCCUUCGCUUCGUCCUUCGUCGCCGAUGCUGACGACAUCCCUCCCAUCAACGGAGUCCGUGAUUUCUUCCGAGAAUUCACCAUCGAGUCCAAGAAGCUCUGGUACCUCGCCGGCCCGGCUAUUUUCACCUCCAUCUGCCAGUACUCUUUAGGUGCCAUCACGCAAACCUUAGCCGGACACCUCGGCACUCUAGAGCUCGCUGCCGUCUCCAUCGAGAACUCCGUCAUCGCCGGCCUCUCUUUCGGUAUCAUGCUCGGAAUGGGAAGUGCGCUGGAGACGCUAUGCGGACAAGCGUACGGAGCAGGACAGAUUGAGAUGCUGGGAGUGUAUAUGCAGAGAUCAUGGGUUAUCCUCAAUACCACCGCCUUAAUCUUAAUGCUUCUGUACAUUUUUGCUGAGCCAUUUCUGAGAUUGAUUGGCCAAACUGAAGAUAUAUCAAGGGCAGCCGGGACUCUAGCGGUUUGGAUGAUUCCUCAGCUGUUUGCGUACGCAGCGAAUUUUCCAAUUGCCAAGUUCCUGCAAGCCCAGAGUAAGAUCAUGGUGAUGGCUUGGAUUUCGGUAAUUGGGUUGGUGUUGCACAGUGUUUUUAGCUGGCUGCUCAUGCUGAAGUUUGGGUGGGGCCUGGUGGGCGCCGCCGUGGUUUUGAACUUGUCUUGGUGGUUCAUUGUGGUUGCGCAGCUGCUUUAUAUCUUCACCGGGACUUGCGGGCGAGCUUGGUCAGGAUUUUCUUGGAAGGCUUUCCAAAAUCUGUGGGGUUUUGUUAGGCUGUCUCUUGCAUCGGCAAUCAUGCUAUGCUUAGAGACAUGGUAUUUCAUGGCAUUAAUUCUUUUUGCGGGAUAUUUGAAGAACGCUGAAGUUUCUGUUGAUGCUCUCUCCAUAUGCACAAACUUAUUGGGUUGGACAGUUAUGGUUGCCGUUGGGUGCAAUGCAGCUAUCAGUGUAAGAGUUUCAAAUGAGCUCGGGGCAGCUCAUCCAAGAACAGCAAAAUUUUCUGUUGUAGUAGUUGUCGUAUCGUCUUUCCUGUUAGGUGUCGUCCUUUCGGCCAUUCUCCUUAUCUUCCGGCAACAGUAUCCAUCCUUGUUUUCAAACAGCGAUGAAGUUAAAAGCCUUGUCUACGAGCUUACGCCAUUGCUUGCCUUCUGUAUCGUUCUUAACACUAUUCAGCCAGCUCUUUCAGGAGUGGCUAUUGGAGCGGGAUGGCAAGCUCUAGUUGCUUAUGUAAAUAUUGCAUGCUACUAUCUGUUUGGCAUUCCUUUAGGUCUAUUGCUGGGUUAUAAGAUCAACAUGGGAGUCAAAGGAAUCUGGUACGGAAUGGUAUCAGGAACGGCUGUACAAACCGUAGUCUUAUUCUGGAUUGUCUACAGAACAAACUGGAAUAAAGAGGCUUCUGUCGCUGCAAAAAGAAUACAAGAGUGGGGAGGGGAGCCAGACGCCAAAGCAAAUGAUGUAGAGACAUGAAAAUUGGAUUCAUCUAAUAUCCGGUCAUCGAGGUUUGCCACGGACGCGUGUGUGAUGAAAUUUUUUGGAAGGGUCCUUCCCAACUUGGCUUCCACAGGCGGCCAAGAGUGAUGUAAUCUGAUGAGCAGUUGCUGCUCAACCCGAUGAAGCAUCUCUUUGAUGGUUUAUAAAAUUUUGCCGUUCUUAGGAAAAAAAAACCAGAGUGUACGGUUGUAACAAAUACCAGAAUGUUUUCUACCUCGAAUUUUUCCUUUUGUUUUAUCUUUUUUUUUGGUUCAAGGGAAUUUCAAAUCUUAUAAAGGAGAAGGGAAUUUCAAAUCUUA